AGCGACUGACGUGUUUGGAGCUGUAGCCGGCUCGGGUGCUGGCCGAGUGGCGACCGGUGGUGAGUGGUCUCCGGCCCCUCCCUCCCUCCGCGGCAGACCCUGGACAACGCUAGCCGGGGACGCCUACCCUAGUUCUCGGCGCCAGUUCGUCCGCGGCAUGCCGUGCUGUCGCUGCUCGCGCUACGCGACUCCUCCGGCUCGGGCAGCGGAAGGUGACCCUAGACAGGUUUACGGCGUGGUGUGUUUCUGCUUCCGGAUUUAACCCUCAGACCCGGCUCUGAGCAGCCUAGGGGCCUGGACGAGUUCAGUAACGUGCCCUUCCCCCACUACGGAUCAAAGCUACAAGGAGAGUGGGAAUUUGGAACUCUUUGGUGAGAAGACAAGAUGCCUAUGGUUGCAAGGCGGCUGAGAGAUCCUGACAUAAACCCUUGCUUGUCGGAAUCUGAUGCUUCUACCAGAUGUAUGGAUGAAAAUAACUACGACAGGGAAAGGUGUUCCAAUUACUUCUUGAAGUACAAAAACUGCCGGCGAUUCUGGAAUUCUGUCAUGGUCCAAAGAAGACAAAAUGGAGUUCAGCCACCUAUGCCUACAGCAGCAGAAAGAGAUGAAAUUUUGAGAGCAAUGCAAAGGAUGCCCUAUUGAGAAGUCAAGGCAAACUCUUGUGUCCCUUUCCGUCACCUGGUCCUGAAUCAAGAGUAUCCGUGACUCUUCAAUGAACUCUCCAGUCGAAAACCCAGCUCAGAAGUAUUUAAACCAGAUGACAUUUAUUUUUUUAUUUUAUUUUUGAGACAAGGUCUUGCUAUGCAGUCCAGCCUGGCCUGGAACUUGAUGGUCCUCACACCUCAGCCUUCUGAACACUGGGAUAAUAUGUGAGCCACCACAUCUGGCUUGACCUGAUUGUUGGAUGAGAUUCUAUUUGAAUAAAAAAUGGAUUGAAAAUA